AUGGACUCCUGGGUGUUCCCCUCCUCGCUCCCCAACAUAACCGAAGAGCCCCUGAUGUAUGACAGCUUUAUUCUGGGCAACGAGUCAACGGAACCCAAUGGUACCUAUACUGGUGACAACACGUUCAACCAGACCAGCACCAUGGUCAUCACCUUCCUCUACUUCCUGGUGUGUGGUAUCGGUCUCUGCGGCAAUGCCCUGGUGAUCUACGUCAUCCUGCGCUAUGCCAAGAUGAAGACGGUCACGAAUAUUUACAUCAUGAAUUUGGCGGUUGCAGAUGUUCUGUUCAUGUUGGGGUUACCGUUCAUCGCCAUUCAGCUGGCGCUGGUCCACUGGCCGUUUGGUGCGGUGCUGUGCCGCGUGGUCAUGACCGUGGACUCACUCAACCAGUUCACCUCCAUCUUCUGCCUUAUGGUCAUGAGCAUCGACCGCUACCUGGCCGUGGUGCACCCCAUCCGGUCCACCAAGUGGCGCAAACCACGUAUGGCCAAGACCAUCAACCUGGCGGUGUGGGGGGUGUCGCUCCUGGUCAACCUGCCCAUCAUUAUCUACAGCGGUUUAAUCACCAAGCACAAUAGUUGCUUCUGUACCAUCGUGUGGCCAGAGCCCGGAGGAGGCCUACUACACCGCCUUCAUGUUCUACACCUUCGUCCUGGGUUUCUUCCUCCCGCUCAUGGUCAUCUGCCUGUGUUACCUUCUCAUCAUCAUCAAGGUCAGUCUCAUUGUCAUCUGCCUGUUACCUCACUAUCACCAUCAAGGUCAGUCACAUGGUCAUCUGCCUGUUACCUCACCAUCACCAUCAAGGUCAGUCUCAUGGUCAUCUGGCUGUUACCUCACCAUCACCAUCAAGGUAGUUCAUGGUCAUCUGCCGUUACCUCACCAUCACCCAUCAAGGUCAGUCUCAUGGUCAUCUGCCUGUUACCUCACCAUCAAGGUCAGUCUCAUGGUCAUCUGCCUGUUACCUCACCAUCACCAUCAAGGUCAGUUUCAUGGUCUCUCUGCCUGUUACCUCACCAUCACCAUCAAGGUCAGUUUCAUGGUCUCUCUGCCUGUUACUUCACCAUCACCAUCAAGGUCAGUCUCAUGGUCAUCUGCCUGUUACCUCACCAUCACCAUCAAGGUCAGGUUCAUGGUCAUCUGCCUGUUACCUCACCAUCACCAUCAAGGUUAGUCUCAUGGUCAUCUGCCUGUUACCUCACCAUCACCAUCAAGGUCAGUCUCAUGGUCAUCUGCCUGUUACCUCACCAUCAAGGUCAGUCUCAUGGUCAUCUGCCUGUUACCUCACCAUCACCAUCAAGGUCAGUUUCAUGGUCUCUCUGCCUGUUACUUCACCAUCACCAUCAAGGUCAGUCUCAUGGUCAUCUGCCUGUUACCUCACCAUCACCAUCAAGGUCAGUUUCAUGGUCAUUUGCCUGUUACCUCACCAUCACCAUCAAGGUUAGUCUCAUGGUCAUCUGCCUGUGUUACCUCACCAUCACCAUCAAGGUCAGUCUCAUGGUCAUCUGCCUGUGUUACCUCACCAUCACCAUCAAGGUCAUGCUUGUUUUACACCGUUCUGCCACCACUACGGUCCAUAUUAGGACAGCCUCAGUGUCAUCAUGCUACUGAUACAACUCCUGCUGAGACAGAGGCUGACCUACAUAGAUGAGACUGACAAAUCCAAGACUACUGCCAUCUUUCUAUACUUUUAUUUUCAUUUUAAGCUGACUAAAUUGUUGUGCCCUAUCGUAUGUUGUCAUGGUAGCAGGGUGAGUGUACUUUAAUCUAUUGUUUUCUUCUUUUGUUUUUGUCUGUGCGGUGUAGUGCCUUGAGAUGUAGCUAUAUUUACCUAUAUUUUAAAGUGGGCUAUAUAGAUCAAAUCUAUAAUUAUUACUACUAUUAAAGUGAAGUCCUCAGGGAUCUGUGUCGGGUCCCCUAAUAUUUACCUAUUUUUUUUAAAGCUAUACAAAUAAAAUCUAUUAUUUUUUAGGUGAAGUCCUCAGGGAUCCGUGUCGGGUCCACUAAGAGGAAGCGCUCGGAGAGGAAGGUGACCCGCAUGGUGUCCAUCGUGGUUGCCGUGUUCGUCUUCUGCUGGCUGCCCUUCUAUGUCUUCAAUGUGACUUCGGUGACAGGAACCAUCUCCACCACACCCUUCCUGAGGAGCACCUUUGCCUUCGUGGUGGUCCUAGGUUACGCCAACUCGUGUGCCAACCCCAUCCUUUACGCGUUCCUGUCAGAGAACUUCAAAAAGAGCUUCCAGAACGUUCUGUGUCGGAAGAAGGUGGGCGGGCUGGAUGUGAUUGAGCGCAGCGAUAGCAAGCAGGACAAGUCUCGUAUGAUGAAUGACCCCACGGAGACUCAAAGCACGCUGCUCAAUGGAGACCAGCAGACCAGCAUUUGA